CAAGAGGAGGAGCGGCCUCCGGGAGGCCACGUUUGUUUUUGUUAUUUUCCAUCGGAAUAGUUUUCGCAGGCCCUUUCCGAGGACUGACCACGCCGCAGCCCAGCAGCCCCGACCUUCCAGGUGACAGCCGGUCACCCUGGUAGGAGUCAACUCCGCCCCAAAUCACCCCCGCCUCCUGCCUACAACCCCUCUCCCCGCCCAGCCUCCCGGUGCAUGCCCGAGGCGGGAGCGGCGGCCGCAGCGGAUCUGCAGCGCUGGAGAAGGCAGCGAUCGGCCGUGGCUGGAGGCGGUGGCGUGGGGCCUCUGACGUCGUUCUCUGACUGAACGGACCCGCGGCGAAGGAAGGGGGAAGUCCGCUCCCGAGGUACCAGCCAGAGAAAGGAGGAUACAUAUUUAACCCGUCCUCUCCUUUGGGGACGGCUGCCCCGCGCUCGCCUCAGUGCCCGCCGCUCGAGCUUCCAACCGGUGCCGGGGAAGUGCCGCAUGGGGCAGGGUCGCUAAGGCGCGGAAUUCGUGGUCGCGCAGCGCUGAGGCGGGCACGGGAACCCGUGCGGGAGUUGGCACAGUUUCCGCCUUCAGUGUGGAUUAGGGGGCGCGGCGCGCCUGGCCGCCCACCUCGGUUCCUUCCUUAAGCACGAGUUAUGGAAACCCUCAGCUGCAUUCAGGAUGAGCCGUUCCCGCACCCCCUGGAGCCCGAGCCGGGCCCGGGGAAGCCGGGCGAGAAGCGGUUCCGGCUUUGGUACGUGGGGGCAUCGUGCCUGGACCGCAGGACCACGCUGCCAAUGCUGCCCUGGCUCAUGGCCGAGAUCCGCCGGCGCAGCCUGAAGCCCGAGGCCGGCGGCUGCGGGGCACCGCCGGCCCGCGAGGUGUUCCUGGUGCUAAGCGCGCCCUUUCUGCGCUGCGUCCCCGCGCCCGACGCCGGGCGCUCUGGGGGCGCCAGCCCAGCGGCCGCGCAGCCCAACCCCGCCGUGUUCAUCUUCGAGCACAAGGCGCAGCAUAUCUCGCGCUUCAUCCACAACAGCCACGACCUUACCUAUUUUGCCUACCUGAUCAAGGCGCAACCCGACGACCCCGAGUCGCAGAUGGCCUGCCAUGUUUUCCGCGCCACAGAUCCCAACCAGGUUCCUGAUGUUAUCGGCAGCAUAAGGCAGUUAUCUAAAGCUGCUAUGAAAGAGGAUGCCAAACCCAACAAAGACAAUGAGGACGCCUUUUACAACUCUCAGAAGUUUGAAGUCUUAUAUUGUGGAAAGGUAACAGUGACCCACAAGAAGGCCCCGUCGAGCCUCAUCGAUGACUGCAUUGAGAAGUUCAGCCUGCACGAACAGCAGCGCCUGAAGAUCCAGGGUGAGCAGUGCAGCGGGGGUCCUGGUGAUGACCCGAUGAGCUUGGAGGCUGGAGGGCCCCUUUCACCCGGAGACAGCCUGUUCGAGGAAGUGGGUGGCAUCAUCAAUACCCACUCGGGCCUACCAGCUGUGGCCAGCCAGCCGGGGCUGUCCAGCUCUCGAGGUUGCUUCCCCGAGCGGAUUUUGGAAGAUUAUGGCUUUGAUGAACAGCAGGAGUUUCGGUCUCGGUGCAGCAGUGUCACUGGAGUCAUGCAAAGGAGAGUUCACGAGAGCAGCCAGAAAACACAGCCACGAAGGAGACAUGCAAGUGCACCCAGUCACGUACAGCCCUCGGACUCAGAGAAGAACAGAACAAUGCUCUUUCAGGUUGGACGAUUUGAGAUUAACCUUAUCAGUCCAGACACUAAAUCAGUUGUCCUUGAAAAGAAUUUUAAAGACAUCUCUUCUUGUUCUCAGGGUAUAAAGCAUGUUGAUCACUUUGGAUUUAUCUGUCGGGAAUCUCUGGAGCCUGGGCUGAGCCAGUAUAUUUGCUAUGUGUUCCAGUGUGCAAGCGAAUCCCUGGUUGAAGAGGUAAUGCUGACUCUGAAACAGGCUUUCAGUACGGCUGCUGCCCUGCAGAAUGCCAAGACCCAGGUGAAGCUGUGUGAGGCCUGCCCUAUGCACUCUUUGCAUAAGCUGUGUGAAAGGAUUGAAGGUCUCUACCCGCCAAGAGCCAAGCUGGUGAUACAGAGGCAUCUCUCCUCGUUGACAGAUAAUGAGCAAGCUGACAUCUUUGAACGAGUUCAGAAAAUGAAGCCAGUCAGUGACCAGGAAGAAAAUGAGCUUGUGAUUUUACAUCUGAGGCAGCUGUGUGAAACCAAGCAGAGGACACAUGUUCAUAUUGGGGAAGGCCCAUCGACUAUUUCAAAUAGUACAAUCCCUGAGAAUGCAACAAGCAGUGGAAGGUUCAAACUUGACAUUCUGAAAAAUAAAGCUAAGAGAUCCUUAACCAACUCCCUGGAAAAUAUCUUCUCAAGGGGAGCUAACAGAAUGAGAGGUCGGCUUGGAAGUAUGGACAGCUUUGAACGGUCCAACAGUGUUGCUUCAGAGAAGGACGGCUCCCCAGGAGACUCCCCACCCGGGACCCCUCCAGCCUCCCCUCUGUCCUCGGCUUGGCAGACGUUCCCUGAAGAGGACUCUGACUCCCUGCAGUUCCGCAGGCGGGCACACACCUUCAGCCACCCACCCUCCAGUUCCAAGAGAAAGCUGACUUCACAGGAUGGGAGGGCUCACGGGGUGCGCUCCCCUGUGCUGAGGCAGAGCUCCAGCGAGCAGUGCAGCAUUCUUCCACCAGUUCGACGCAUGCACAAGGAGAAAAAUUCUUCCUCCAGUCUUCCAAGUCUCCACACUUCCUUCUCUGCCCCUUCCUUCACUGCCCCCUCUUUCCUGAAAAGCUUUUACCAGAAUUCAGGUAGACUGUCCCCACAGUAUGAAAAUGACAUCAGACAGGACACUGCUUCAGAAUCAAGUGAUGGAGAGGGGAGGAAAAGAACAUCAUCGACCUGUAGCAAUGAGUCCCUAAAUGCUGGGGGAACCCCCGUCACUCCUCGCCGUGUCUCCUGGAGGCAGCGCAUCUUCCUCAGGGUUGCUUCUCCCAUGAACAAGUCUCCGUCAGCAAUGCAGCAGCAAGAUGGACUGGACAGGAAUGAGCUGCUGCCACUGUCCCCUCUUGCUCCAACGAUGGAGGAGGAACCGCUUGUUGUAUUCCUAUCUGGUGAUGAUGACCCAGAAACGGUUGAAGAAAGAAAAAAAUCAGAAAAACUGAGGAGUUUGUGGAGAAAAGCUAUACACCAACAGAUCUUGUUGCUUCGAAUGGAAAAAGAAAACCAGAAACUUGAAGCAAGCAGAGAUGAACUCCAGUCCAGAAAAGUUAAGUUAGACUAUGAAGAAGUUGGUAUGUGUCAGAAGGAGGUCUUAAUAACCUGGGAUAAGAAGUUGUUAAACUGCAGAGCUAAAAUCAGAUGUGAUAUGGAAGAUGUUUAUACUUCACUUAAAGAAGGAGUUCCCAAGAGUCGACGAGGAGAAAUUUGGCAGUUCCUAGCGUUACAAUAUCGUCUAAGACACAGAUUGCCAAAUAAACAGCAACCUCCUGACACAUCAUAUAAAGAACUUUUAAAGCAGCUCACUGCUCAGCAGCAUGCUAUUCUCGUGGACUUAGGAAGGACAUUUCCUACUCACCCCUACUUUUCAGUACAGCUGGGGGCAGGGCAACUGUCGCUCUUUAACCUCCUGAAAGCCUAUUCUUUGCUGGACAAGGAGGUGGGAUACUGUCAGGGGAUCAGCUUUGUGGCUGGAGUGCUGCUUCUGCACAUGAGUGAAGAGCAAGCCUUUGAAAUGCUGAAGUUCCUCAUGUACGACCUCGGCUUCCGCAAGCAGUACAGGCCCGACAUGAUGUCGCUGCAGAUUCAGAUGUACCAGCUGUCAAGGCUCCUUCAUGAUUACCACAGAGAUCUCUACAAUCAUCUUGAAGAGAAUGAAAUCAGCCCCAGUCUUUAUGCUGCCCCCUGGUUCCUCACAUUGUUCGCCUCUCAGUUUCCAUUAGGAUUUGUAGCCAGAGUUUUUGAUAUUAUUUUUCUUCAGGGAACUGAAGUUAUAUUUAAGGUUGCACUCAGCCUACUAAGCAGCCAAGAAUCACUUAUAAUGGAAUGUGAAAACUUUGAAAAUAUUGUUGAAUUUCUUAAAAGCACACUACCAGAUAUGAAUACAGCUGAAAUGGAAAAAAUUAUCAUGCAGGUUUUUGAGAUGGAUAUUUCUAAACAGUUACAUGCCUAUGAGGUGGAAUACCACGUGUUGCAAGACGAACUUCAGGAAUCUUCAUAUGCCUGUGAUGAUAGCGAGCCUCUGGAGAAGCUGGAGAGGGCCAAUAGCCAGCUGAAAAGACAAAACAUGGAACUCCUAGAAAAAUUACAGGCGGCUCAUGCUAAAAUCCAGACUUUGGAAUCAAACCUGGAAAAUCUUUUGACCAGAGAGACCAAAAUGAAGUCUGUAAUCCGGACCCUGGAACAAGAGAAAAUGGCUUAUCAGAAGACAGUGGAGCAAAUCCGGAAGUUGCUGCCAGCAGAUGCUCUAGCCAAUUGCGAAAUGCUGCUGAGAGACCUAAACUGCAACCCUAACAACAAAGCCAAGAUGGGAAAUAAGCCAUAAUGUAAGAAGUGCCAUCUCUGCAGAAAGUGCUACGUAGAAGACUAGAGAAAGGGAGCAUCUGCCCGCUGCUGGCCAGAGGCUGGACACCAAAGCUGAAGGAGCCCCCUAAUGCUGGUGCUGAGCCCCAAGUCAGAGCACGUGCACCUCCCUCUCCUUAGAGUGUGAAUCCAUAGCCAUUGUACACAAGUAGGCUGGGUGCUGCUGGGGGUGUAUGUAUCUACAAAACAGACACAAAGGAUUCAUGCUUUCGGAUAAAAUGAGUAGAUGUUUAUUUAGAGCAAUAUUUUUUUUAGUCAGAACUUCAUGAAAUCCACACCAAAGGGAAGUUAUAGAGUAAAAUUCCCCUUGGAUAUGUGUGAAAUCUUUUUGUCUUUGUAGUUGAACAGAGUUAGAACAUCUUUGUAUAUUGAAAAAUACUUGAAAAAAAAUGAAUGUAUAUUUUUCUCCAAAGAACAGCAUGUUUCACUCAAUGGUAGAGAGGGGGAGGGGUGGAAACAUUUAUUUAACUUUAUGUGUAACUGUCUUAAAGUCUACUGACAUUGUGUUUAAAGUGACUGGCUGGCAGUCACGUUCCUAUGGGUUUUACAGGACGGUGGAGUCCGUCCUCCCCUCCUGCCUUGUGCCGACUAGCAUGUUGCCUCCACCUACAUUUUGAGUCUGGUUAGGCAUUACUUUAGACAAAAUAAGAAGCAGCCAAGACCCGAUGGCUGAGUCUACCCAGCCUAAUUAGGAGAACUUUGCUAAUUUUCUAGCAAAUAAGACCACUGUUAUUAUUCAAACUAAUAAUAGCAGGCCUCAGAAAUUUAAUUUAGUACCCACAUUGUCUAGAUUAGCUUUCUGCGUUUUAUUUAAAUUACUCCUACAAUUGUAAACUGACUCCAUUUUAUUAUCAGUGGCAACGAUUCAACAUUUUCUCACCAAGUGGUGAGAACUCCUAAUUAAGGAAAGGAAAGGAUAAGGAAAUGCAAUUGUGAUUGGUUUUCUAAAAAUGACUUGCUUCUCCUCUCCCCCCCUCCCCUCUCCUCCUCUCCCCUCCCCUCUCCUCCCCUCCCCUCCCCUCUCCUCCCCUCCCCUCUCCUCCCCUCUUUUUUCUCCUCUCCUCUUCUUUUCUCCUUUCUUUUCUUUUCACCAACUGAUAGAAUCUAAUAAACUCUUAGUCAUAUUCUCCUUUCUUGUGAAAACCUAUGAGAACUGUGAAAUAUUUAACAAACGUUGUUGAAGUCCAUUGGAAAGGAAGGGGAUACGGCACCCCUCCCAUAUAAAAUCCAGGAUUCUGCAUUUGGACUCCCAACUUCCUCAGCCUAGAAACAGCUUAUUAGAGGAUGUUCAUGCAUGCUGGGCGGAUAGAAGGAAAGUCAUUUUCAAAGUACAUGUACCAUUCUCUGUUUCAGAGAUGAUUCUAUGAUAGUGCCUCUGAAAGUGAAUGCAGUAUUUUUGCCUUUCCAAAUAAUAUUAAUAACACUGCUUUUUGCAGGAAUUGUAUUAUUGCAGGUGGAAUUAUCUGGGUUAGUUUCCUUCAAAGGGAAUUUCUUACACAAAAAGUUGAAAUUUAUUGUAGAGUAAAAGAGUAAAGCACUAAAGGUUUCAGAAAACCUUGAUAAGCAGAUGACAAGCAUCUGACACCCACCUUUAUACUGUUACUCAGUGUCAAUAUAAUGGAUCUUGUUACAGAUCAGCGUGUUCUCUACUCCAGGCAGUUUUUUUUUUUAAGACAAUAAAGUCUUACUAGUAAAGUUAAUGUAACUUCUAGGUUCUGUUUCAGUAGACAAGAAAAUGCUGAUUCUAGGUACCUCAUUUAGUAGGAGCCCCCACCGGAUUUGUUGCUAGAAUUUACUGAAAAUUUCUUUACUUGUUGGAGGGUUUUUUCCUUGCCAGUAAUAUAACAAAUAUCUUGUUACAGUCUGGUGAUGAAAAUUACCAGUUUAUGUGUGUGACACGCAGGUGGUAGCCAAGGAAUCUUCAAGUUAGGAAAAUAAACUUUUUUCUGUUGCUCAGUUUAAAGUAAAUUUUAGUUUGGAUGUUUAGAGUCAACAUUAUGAGUUGCAUUGUCAUGUGCAGAGAUUAAGGUGACUUGCAUACAAUAUUUUCUUUUGAAAAUGAAUUUUCUUUUUCAUUUGUGAUUUUUUAAAUGUUGCACCAGUUAUGCUUCAUACAUUGUUACAUCAUCACGUUAAUAUAAUGUUUUAUUCAUUUCCAAUAAAUACAUUGCUGUAGUUUC